GCUUCCGCCGCUGCCCUGCUCGCCCCGGGCGGCUCCGCUUCCGAGCUCCCCUCUGCGCCGCUGCCCUCACCCUCGCCGCCACCAUGAACAAGAAGAAGAAGCCGUUCCUGGGCAUGCCCGCGCCCCUGGGCUACGUGCCGGGGUUGGGCCGCGGAGCCACAGGCUUCACCACCCGCUCUGAUAUCGGCCCCGCGCGUGACGCCAACGACCCCGUGGAUGAUCGCCAUGCGCCGCCGGGGAAGAGGACGGUUGGGGAUCAGAUGAAGAAGAACCAGACAGCUGAUGAUGAUGAUGAAGAUCUGAAUGACACCAAUUACGAUGAGUUCAAUGGUUAUGCUGGGAGCCUGUUCUCAAGUGGCCCCUAUGAAAAAGAUGAUGAGGAAGCAGAUGCUAUUUAUGCAGCUCUGGAUAAGAGGAUGGAUGAGCGCAGGAAGGAGAGGAGGGAACAACGAGAGAAAGAGGAGAUAGAGAAAUACCGCAUGGAGAGACCCAAAAUUCAGCAGCAGUUCUCAGACUUGAAACGGAAGCUGGCAGAGGUGACAGAGGAAGAGUGGCUGAGCAUCCCAGAAGUGGGGGAUGCCAGGAACAAACGUCAGAGGAACCCACGUUAUGAGAAGCUGACUCCUGUACCUGACAGCUUCUUUGCAAAGCAUCUGCAGUCAGGAGAGAACCACACCUCAGUGGACCCACGCCAGACGCAAUUUGGUGGCUUGAAUACACCAUAUCCAGGUGGUCUGAAUACUCCAUAUCCAGGAGGAAUGACCCCAGGCUUAAUGACACCUGGGACAGGUGAAUUGGAUAUGAGGAAGAUUGGCCAAGCCAGGAACACCUUGAUGGACAUGAGGCUGAGCCAGGUGUCGGACUCUGUGAGCGGCCAAACUGUAGUGGACCCCAAAGGCUAUCUGACAGACUUGAAUUCCAUGAUUCCCACACAUGGAGGAGAUAUCAAUGACAUCAAGAAAGCUCGUCUGCUCCUGAAGUCUGUACGUGAGACCAAUCCUCAUCAUCCCCCUGCCUGGAUAGCAUCAGCUCGGCUGGAGGAGGUCACUGGCAAGCUCCAAGUAGCUCGAAACCUCAUCAUGAAAGGCACAGAGAUGUGCCCCAAGAGUGAAGAUGUGUGGUUAGAAGCUGCUAGGCUCCAGCCUGGGGAUACAGCCAAGGCUGUUGUGGCCCAGGCUGUUCGCCACCUUCCGCAGUCUGUCCGCAUCUACAUACGAGCAGCAGAGCUGGAGACAGACAUCCGUGCCAAGAAACGUGUCCUGAGGAAAGCCCUUGAGCAUGUUCCAAACUCAGUGCGUUUGUGGAAGGCAGCUGUGGAGCUAGAAGAACCUGAGGAUGCCAGGAUCAUGCUGAGUCGAGCUGUGGAGUGCUGCCCCACCAGUGUUGAGCUGUGGCUUGCUCUGGCAAGGCUGGAGACGUAUGAGAACGCUCGGAAGGUCCUCAACAAAGCCCGGGAGAACAUUCCAACCGAUCGGCACAUCUGGAUCACUGCUGCCAAGCUGGAGGAAGCCAACGGGAACACCCAGAUGGUGGAGAAAAUCAUUGACAGAGCCAUCACCUCCCUGAGGGCCAACGGUGUGGAAAUCAACAGAGAGCAGUGGAUACAGGAUGCUGAGGAGUGUGAUAAAGCUGGAAGUGUGGCCACCUGCCAGGCAAUCAUGCGAGCCGUGAUCGGCAUCGGCAUUGAGGAGGAAGAUCGGAAGCACACCUGGAUGGAAGAUGCAGACAGUUGUGUUGCCCACAACGCCCUGGAGUGUGCCCGAGCCAUUUAUGCUUAUGCCUUGCAAGUCUUCCCCAGCAAGAAGAGUGUGUGGCUGAGAGCAGCAUACUUUGAAAAGAACCAUGGAACCAGAGAAUCCUUGGAGGCUCUUUUGCAGAGAGCUGUUGCUCACUGUCCCAAAGCGGAAGUCCUCUGGCUCAUGGGAGCCAAAUCCAAGUGGUUGGCAGGAGAUGUGCCAGCAGCCAGAAGUAUUUUGGCCUUGGCUUUCCAGGCCAACCCCAACAGUGAGGAGAUCUGGCUGGCUGCCGUCAAACUGGAGUCGGAGAACAAUGAGUACGAGCGAGCGAGGAGGCUGCUGGCCAAGGCUCGCAGCAGUGCCCCCACUGCAAGGGUCUUCAUGAAGUCUGUGAAGUUAGAAUGGGUGCUGGGGAACAUUGCUGCAGCCCAGGAGCUUUGUGAAGAAGCCCUGACACACUACGAGGACUUCCCCAAACUGUGGAUGAUGAAAGGACAAAUUGAGGAGCAAAAGGAGCUGGUAGAGAAUGCUCGAGAGGCUUACAAUCAAGGGCUGAAGAAGUGUCCUCAUUCCAUCCCCCUGUGGCUUUUGCUGUCCAGGCUGGAGGAGAAGGUUGGGCAGUUGACCAGAGCAAGAGCCAUCCUGGAAAAAUCCCGUCUGAAGAAUCCCAAGAACCCAGACCUAUGGCUGGAGUCUGUGCGACUGGAGUACAGAGCUGGGCUGAAGAACAUUGCAAAUACCCUGAUGGCCAAGGCCUUGCAGGAAUGCCCCAACUCAGGAAUCCUGUGGUCGGAGGCGAUCUUCCUUGAAGCGCGACCGCAACGCAAGACCAAGAGCGUGGAUGCUCUCAAGAAGUGUGAACAUGACCCACAUGUCCUGUUGGCUGUUGCAAAGCUCUUCUGGAGCGAGCGUAAAAUAACCAAGGCCCGAGAGUGGUUCCACCGAACAGUGAAGAUAGACUCUGACCUGGGGGAUGCCUGGGCUUUCUUCUACAAGUUUGAGCUCCAGCAUGGCACAGAGGAGCAACAAGAGGAGGUGAGGAAGCGCUGUGAGAACGCCGAACCUCGCCAUGGGGAGCUCUGGUGUGAUGUCUCCAAGGACAUACAGAACUGGCAGAAGAAGAUUGGGGAGAUCCUUGUGCUGGUGGCAGCCAAGCUUAAAAACACCUUCUAGAGCCUGCUGGCUUCAGCUGCUGCAAUCAUCCCUGUAGGACUUGUCUGCUUCCCUGCUUGCAGUGCCACCUACACAGCUCUUGGAUGGGAGAUCGGUGGUGAUGAUAGGAAAGAUUUUGCUCCUCAAAAGAGAAGCUGCUUCCUUCUCUGUUCCUUCUUUCCCCAGACACAGUGCUUUGGGCUCACACAGCUCAGUCAGCAGCUUCUGCAGCUGGUGUGAACGUUGCUGCUGGUGUCAUGGAGGAGAGAUGAGUGGUUCUGUGAGGCUCCCCCUCUAAAUACCAGCUUUGAUUAGUGAUAGAUGGAUUCUGACCUGGCAGCUUCUCCCCAGCAUGAGUUUCUGUCACACUUUGUGCAGUCCCCAUCCUGUUUGACCCUUCAGAUGCUGGUUCUGUCUGAGCAGAGCUGGUUUGGUGCUGUUUGGGUAUCCUGGAAUGAAGCAAGUGGAGCUCUGAUGGGGGAGAACCAGCAGCCAUGGGGAGGAGCUGGGCUGGCCCCUCUCUGGUUUAGUUUUGUGCCCCCAGCCUGGCUUAGCUUAGUCUCCUCUGCUCAAGCUGCAGCACAACAUGAAGUGUCCCUCAAAGCUGAGCAGGUGGAGCAUGAUGUGAAACUCAAGAGCCUAUUUUUAGACACCUCCUCAACUUUUUUAAUGUACAUAGCAUCACCUUAGUCUUUUAGGUGUCUGGUUUGAUGAAGCACACUGGCCUUUUAUGGUGACAAAGCAAAACCCAACAGUCCCUGAAAGCCCUUCUGAAGGAGCAGCUUUUCCUUGGAGUCACUGAGAGGCUGUGCAGUAGGCAGCUGCCUUCCCUUGGGAUAUUUGGGCUGACUCCUCAAGUUCAGGUGGAGGAAACAAAAUCUUUGUGUUUGGGACUCUCUUAAGCUGUCUUCAAUCUUCUCCAUUUGUGAUCUGUGUUAUUUUGACCUUCCAAACCUGACUUUGUAGAGAACACUGAGUGAAGAAGCUGUCACUAGGCUAUAACAGAAGUGUCCAGUGUCUUUAUGUGCAUUCUGUGAUGUGUUGAGUUGGAGGAGAAGACUCCCAAUCACCUAUUUGGACAACAUGUGUAAAAUACAACUGGAGUUUUGUUUGUUUC